UUUUUUUUUUUCUUUUUUUUAUAUAGUCUCUCCGUAUUUUUUGUCAAAAUGAUUAGGGUAUGGACAAAUCCAGUCUAUCCCUGUAACUCAUUUUUUACACAAUCUUCCUUCAUAUCUCGUCAUAAAGUCUUCAUUAGAACCAUUCGUCCAAUAUGUACAUUACCACGAUAUUCGAAACCAUCCUUUAAUAAAGCAACACUUUUAUCAAUCACACGUCUUUCAUUACGCCAGCAUUCACCUACAGUUCCAUAUUAUACUCUACUUAGACAUUCAUGUCUUAUACCAACAUCUUAUUCACUCGGAGCUUUGAUGUUAACGACCUCUACUUUGACACCACAACGAGAACUCUCUUCAAUACAAGCAAAUACCAAAAUAUCUAGAGGUGAAGAUAUCAGCAACUCAAGGAUCAAACAAUGGAUGAAACAUAUUCUUCACUUUUUGGACCAUUGGUUAUUAGAACCAUUAUUGACACUUCGCCGCUUUGUACAUAUUUUAUUAUUAUUUACCCCUGUCUUAUUGUCUUCCCCUGCUCUGGUGUUGGGUAAUGUGAAAAAUGAAGAUACCUCAGGUAGCUUAUGGUGGUAUGAUUUCUUGGCAACUCAAAUGGAAAGGGCUGGUCCUUCAUUUAUCAAGUUGGCUCAAUGGAUCGCUUCUCGUACAGACCUAUUUCCCAUGGCUUUAUGUCAACGAUUAGGCAAAUUACACUCUAAUGUGGAUCCUCAUUCUUUCAGUUAUACAAAAAAGGUUUUGGAAACUACGUUUGGGCAAUCGAUGGAUGAUAUCUUUUUGGAAUUCAACCCUGAUCCUCUUGGAGUAGGAGCCAUUGCUCAAGUUUACAAAGCAACACUACGACCAGAAAUUGUAUUGAAUAAAGGCAAUAUUGUCAAGGAUUUUAUUGUGGGGGAUAAGCAAACAGUGACUUUAGAUUGUAUUUCAACAACAGAUGAACUAGGACGACAAUUGAAUGUACAUACAGCGGUAGCAAUCAAAGUGAUACAUCCAAAGGCUCGACAGAUUGUACGACGAGAUCUCAAUAUCAUGCUUUUCUUUGCAUCACUACUGGAUUGGCUCCCUACAAUGCGUUGGCUCUCACUUCCUGAUGAAGUACGUGUAUUUGGGAACAUGAUGAAAGAUCAAUUGGAUUUACGAAUUGAAGGACAACAUUUGGAAAGAUUCAAUCAACUCUUUGCUGACAAUACUGAAAUACGAUUUCCUAAGCCAUAUUUACAUUUUACUUCUAAAGAUGUUUUAGUGGAAGAAUAUGAAAAUGGUAUUCCAUUGAGUGUCUUUUUACAUCAAGCUGCUAUGAUGAAAAGAAAACAUUUAAGACAACAAGAAGAUGCAUUGGUGGUCAAUGAUAUUGAUGAUGAUGAUGAUGGUGAUGCUCAAGUUAAUCAUGGUGGUGUAUUUGAUCAUAAGAUUGCAAACAUUGGAUUGAAUGCAUUUUUGUAUAUGUUGAUUGUAUAUAAUUUUGUUCAUGCUGAUCUACAUCCUGGUAAUAUUAUGAUCAAGUUUUACAAGCCAUCAGCACAUCAUCCAUUCCAAAUAGCAUGGUCAAAAUUAUGGCAUCGUGAAUUGAAAGAUGAUGGUGAUUUGGUAGUUAAUCGAGUAUUGGCAGUACAAGAUGAAACUGAAUUAUUCCAUGAAUUACUUUAUGAAUUGGAUCAAGAAGGUUAUGUACCACAAUUAGUAAUGCUUGAUACUGGUUUAGUGAAUGAAUUAAAUGACAAGAAUCGACGAAAUUUUUUGGAUUUAUUUGGAGCAGUAGCAAAAUUUGAUGGAUAUCGUGUAGGUGAAUUAAUGGUAGAAAGAUGUCAAUCACCUGAACGUGUGAUUCAACCUGAUAUUUUUGCUCUUCGUAUGCAAAAUCUUAUAUUGGGACUCAAGCAAAAUACGUUUCAUUUGGGAACAGUCAAGAUUGGAGAUUUACUUUCAGAAGUAAGAGAUAUGGUCCGAGCACAUCACGUGAAAUUAGAAGGUGAUUUUAUCAAUGUAGUUGUGGGAAUUAUGUUACUAGAAGGCAUUGGUCGUCAAUUGGAUCCUAAUUUGGAUUUAUUCAAGAAUGCAUUACCAGUAUUACGUAAAUAUAGUAUUCAAGAUGGUGGUAAAAAUACAAUUGAAGGUAUGAAAGAUGUACAAGAACAUGGUGUUAUGUCCCCUCAUUGGAUCAAAGUAUGGAUCUUUUUGGAAUUAAGAAAUUGGUUAAUCAGAAAUACUCGAGAAAAUGAAUGGUUACAACUUUGUGACAUCCUGUGCUUUAAUAAUUAGAUAUAAAAUAAAUAAAUAAAAAAGGAACAUAAUAGGUUUAGUUAAUAUUAUUUUAUAUAGAAUUGAAAAUAAUAAUAAUAAUAAUAUUAGUUUUAAUAAAGAAAAA